AGGUAGGAUCCUCAGGCCAAAAUCUUGGUUACUUAUCCUCAAGCUCGGGAUCACAAAAACAAAGGUCAGACAAACACAUUCACGACCAUGUUGCUCGAAAUUACAAUUGGUUUGCUGGUGCUGGCUUUGUUUUUGCACUUGCGUCCCACACCCACUGCUAAAUCAAAGGCCCUUCGCCACCUUCCCAACCCUCCCAGUCCAAAGCCUCGUCUUCCAUUCAUUGGUCACCUUCACCUUCUAAAGGACAAACUUCUCCACUAUGCUCUCAUAGAUUUAUCCAAAAAGUAUGGCCCUCUGUAUUCUCUCUACUUUGGGUCUAUGCCAACCGUUGUUGCCUCCUCCCCUGAGUUAUUCAAACUCUUCCUUCAAACCCACGAGGCUGCUUCCUUCAACACAAGGUUCCAAACCUCUGCCAUAAGGCGCCUCACUUAUGACAACUCAGUGGCCAUGGUUCCCUUUGGACCUUACUGGAAGUUCAUCAGGAAGCUCAUCAUGAACGACCUUCUCAACGCCACCACCGUCAACAAGUUGAGGCCCCUGAGGACCCAACAGAUCCGUAAGUUCCUCAAGGUGAUGGCCCAAAGCGCACAGGCUCAACAGCCCCUUAACGUCACCGAGGAGCUUCUUAAGUGGACCAACAGCACUAUCUCCAUGAUGAUGUUGGGUGAGGCUGAAGAGAUUAGAGAUAUUGCUCGUGAGGUGCUUAAGAUUUUCGGGGAGUACAGUCUCACUGACUUCAUCUGGCCAUUGAAGAAGCUCAAGUUUGGACAGUACGAGAAGAGGAUCGAUGAAAUAUUCAACAAGUUCGACCCUGUCAUUGAGAGGGUUAUUAAGAAGCGCCGAGAGAUCAUGAGAAGGAGAAAGAACGGAGAAGUCAUUGAGGAAGAGCAGAGCGGAGUUUUCCUCGACACUUUGCUUGAAUUCGCUGAGGACGAGACCAUGGAGAUCAAAAUUACCAAGGAGCAGAUCAAGGGUCUUGUUGUUGACUUCUUCUCAGCAGGGACAGAUUCCACAGCUGUGGCAACUGAGUGGGCUUUGGCAGAGCUGAUCAACAACCCUAGGGUGUUGCAGAAGGCUCGGGAGGAGGUAUACAGUGUUGUGGGAAAAGAUAGACUGGUUGAUGAAGUUGAUACUCAAAACCUUCCUUACAUCAGGGCGAUUGUGAAGGAGACAUUCCGCAUGCACCCACCACUCCCUGUGGUGAAAAGAAAGUGUGUGGAAGAGUGUGAGAUUGACGGGUAUGUGAUCCCAGAGGGAGCAUUGAUACUUUUCAAUGUGUGGGCUGUAGGAAGAGACCCUAAAUACUGGGACAGACCAUUGGAGUUUCGUCCUGAGAGAUUCUUGGAAACUGGAGCUGAAGGAGAAGCUGGGCCUCUUGAUCUUAGGGGCCAACAUUUCACACUUCUCCCAUUUGGGUCAGGUAGAAGAAUGUGCCCUGGAGUGAAUUUGGCUACUUCAGGUAUGGCAACACUUCUUGCAUCUGUUAUCCAGUGCUUUGACCUGCAAGUGGUGGGCCCACAAGGACAAAUAUUGAAAGGCAAUGACGCCAAAGUGAGCAUGGAAGAGAGAGGUGGACUCACGGUUCCAAGGGCACAUAAUCUGGAGUGUGUUCCAGUUGCAAGGACAAGCGUUGCAGCUAAACUCCUUUCCUAGUUCACAAGAUAUAUACAACAACAGUGUCUUGCCACGCAUACAGUUGCUUUUGUGUGUUUAUAAUAAUCGUUUCAAUAAGGUGUCUUUGAUACUUAACGAAGUCAGGCACAUUCAGAUGUAUCAUAUAUCAACUCCAGUUUAUCAGUUUGUACCAAUGUCAUGUAGAAGUUUUGGAUCUAAGUCAAAUUCUUUUGGAGAAUCUUAUAAUGUACUAUAUAUUACCAGUCCCUUAUAAUAAUAUUUUAACAGUUUGAAUCGAAAAA